GCCCGGGACGCAGCGGCCAGGGCGGGAGCGGAGCCAUGGCUCACCAGACCGGCAUCCACGCCACCCCAGAGUUAAAGGACUUCUUUGCCAAGGCCCGGAAUGGCUCGAUUCGUCUCAUCAAAGUCGUCAUUGAGGAUGAGCAGCUAGUGCUGGGAGCCUACAAAGAACUGUCUCGCCAUUGGGAUAAAGACUAUGACUCCUUCGUGCUGCCGCUGCUGGAUGAACAACAGCCAUGUUAUAUCCUCUACCGGCUGGAUACCCAGAAUGCGCAGGGCUUUGAGUGGCUCUUCAUCUCCUGGUCCCCUGACAGUUCUCCUGUUAGGCUGAAGAUGCUGUAUGCAGCGACCCGAGCAACAGUGAAAAAAGAAUUUGGAGGAGGACACAUAAAGGAUGAGCUGUUUGGAACAGUUAAGGAAGACAUCUCACUAAGCGGCUACCAGAAGCAUGUGUCGGCCUGCUCUGCCCCAGCCCCGCUGACUGCAGCUGAACAGGAGCUCCAGCAAAUCCGCAUCAAUGAGGUGAAGACCGAGAUCAGUGUUGAGAGUAAACACCAGACUCUGCAGGGCCUGGCUUUUCCACUGCAGCCUGAUGCGCAGCAGGCCAUCCAGUUGUUAAAGCAGAAGAAAAUCAAUUACAUCCAGCUGAAACUGGAUCUCGAGCGGGAGACUAUAGACCUGGUCCAUACAAAUGCCACGGAGCUAGCAGACCUCCCCAAAAGGAUCCCCCAGGACUCCGGUCGCUAUCAUUUCUUCCUGUACAAGCACUCUCAUGAGGGAGACUACCUGGAGUCUGUGGUGUUCAUCUAUUCCAUGCCUGGGUACAAGUGCGGCAUUAAGGAGCGUAUGCUGUACUCCAGCUGCAAGAGCCGGCUGCUCGACACUGUGGAGCAGGAGUUCUCCCUGGAGAUUAUAAAGAAGGUCAUUGAUAAAAAUAUUAAAUGGUGUAGGGCCAAGAACCACUCUCUGCAGGACCUCACUACAGACAUACCUGCUUGAUGAUAAUUACAUUUUGGAACUUGGGAAUCAACAGCCACGCAGCUUUUAAUCCAUGUAACAUGUGCCAUGCUGAUUUUGUAUCAUUCUAAUUUCUUAAUCAAAAUACUAUGUGGU